AUGCCCGAUUUCAAGGUCCAGAGCAUCCUAAACGCACCAUAUGUGCCUUGCGCCACUGUUUACGCUCAAGGGAGACUCUUCGUCAGUACUGGCGGCGCGAUUUCGGAUAUUGAUACUCGUGUGUCUACAAGUGGACGCACAUUCGUGAGUGGAACGAGUUAUAUCAAGGCAUUUGAUAUCGAUGUUGAUGGCAACCUACUCGCUGCAUUGGACCAGGGUGGAAACCUUCUAGUGUUCAAUACAUCCACAGGCAAAAAGGUGCAACAGAAGAACGUCAAGCGUCCCAGAAAAGUGAAAAUCAUCUCAAACGCGAACGUUAAUGGGAUACACAUAGCCGUUCUGUGCGAAGAAUUGAUCGAAAUAUGGCAAAUGAGUAGCAGCAAAUCUUUGGGAUCAAUGAUGCGAGCAUUUGUGGAUAAAGGUACAUUCACCAGUUUUGCAGGAAAAAAUCAGCUAGGCUGGUUCAUGGCCCACGGAAGUAACUUACAACAGUUGUACUGGUACGCUGAGUCCGAGGGGUAUCAGAGUAUGUCGUUUGGUGAGUAUUUCACACCAGUAGCUUUAGCUUUCAGCGACGAGACGAACGCCAUUGGUGUGAAUCACGAUGGAACUUUAUUAUUAUGGUCGUUGGCUCAAGUCAACAUCGACGGCUUCAUACAUCUGAGCAAGUUGACUCGCCAUCAAAAACUGAUAGUGGACGAUAAAGUUGAGUGUGCAGCAUUCAACACUACGGCAACACAUUUGGCAGCCGUCUCACCUUCUGGAAUCUUAAAACUGUUUGAAACUAGAAGUGCGGAGCAAGUCGAGAAGCACAUUUUUGGAUUUCGUAUACAGCACUGUUGUUUCGAUACGAUGACAGAUUGCCUCGCCUUAAUUGGACGUGAAAGAGUAGUGGUGUGGGAGUCUGGAUCGGAGAGUUUCAAGUUAGAUAUACGAAACGAAGCUGCGAGUGUGAACUGUGUGAGUUUGAGUCUCGAAGGAAAUAACCUGGUCACUGGAUCACACAGCGGCAUCAUCAAUUUGUGGAACAUCCGAGCUAGUUUGUGCGUAGCGACGUUCAUUGAGCAUAAAAGCGUUGUUUCAUCUGUAAAACAUCUUCAAUCCGGUAACGUUUUCGUCUCAGCAGGUUAUGAUGGAACUGUACGCGCGUAUGACACUGUCAGACUUCGUAGCUUUCGAGUCUUCACUUCACCCUUUGACAGUAGAUUCAACGAGGUCGCCAUCGAUGAAAGCGGUGAAAUCGUAUGUGCGAGUGCUAUAGACUCGUGUCAAAUACUACUUUGGUCCUUCAAGAGCGCACAGCUUCUUGAUGUCCUCUCGGGUCAUACUGGAGUAAUAUCUUCGUUGCGCUUCUCCACCGGUUUCAUCGUAUCAGGUUCGUGGGACAACACAGUGCGUGUGUGGGAUAUGGAACGCAGUGAACAUAAUUGUCAACUUUUACCGCAUACUCGUGAAGUUCUUGCGGUUGCAGUAGCGCCUGGUAAGAGGCAACUUGUGGCAGCAGUUAUGGGUCAGCAGUUGCUAAUUUGGAACUUUCAAAAUAACCAGAUGUUGGGCUCAGCCGACUAUAGUCGAGAUACACUAGGAGAUCGGGGGGUCUCCGCAAAUUUCGUCUCUCUACAGUAUAACUCAAGCGAAACAUUACUUUUCGCGAGCUCAUCAGACGCAAACUUGUGCGUUUAUGAUUCGCACGAUUUUGUCCUACUGAAGAAGUAUACGUCGCAGCCCAGUGCCUCCCUGAGCACUCAAAAUAAUGUGGGUCAACUGGUUUAUAGCGCAGGUUCCGAUACAUGGGGGCUUAUUGCCGAAGAAGGUGUUCAUAUAUACAAGUAUGAGGGAGAAAAUGGAAACCACGGGCGCACUCACUUGAGUGAAGAUACGAGCUUGUCUAAUGUUCUGGGUGCUUGGCAACGCAAGGACUUCAAUUCCGUCAUCCAUUCAGCGAUUUUAUUGAGUAAAAAUACAUCUCUACUGAUGGCAGUGCUCUACAACACACCUAUUCAGGAGCAAAAAGUGUUUUUAUGCGGUCAUUCAGGAGUUGUUACACAAGAUUUCCUGACCGUGUGCAAGGAGCUUCUAUCGGUGUCUGAACAUUUGGAAUAUUUCCUUAUGAUCAUACUUAAAGUGAUAAGCACUUCACACGAUAGCGAAACGGAUACCAAACAAUUGAAACAACUAUCCAUUGAAAUAGACAGAAAACAAGGAGGUCUGGGUAGGACCACGAGUACAAACCUUGGUACACUCAACUUCUUAUGUACUGCAAAGAAUUUUACAAGAGCGGUCUUACCCCGAACCAUCACUACAUUUAGCGAACAGAGUACGCUUAGUUUCCUUAGUUGA